AUGGAGGUGUUGCAGCAAACACUUGUAGGAACAGCUGCUCAACCAGAAGACACAUUAACAUAUGCCUCAAUUUCAAUUUCUGGCAUUGACACUGCUUGCUGUAAUGACUUGCUUGUGCAAACUAAUUUGAAGCUAGAAAUAGUUGACUACAAAGCCCCCCAAAGUACAAAAAAGAUUAAGCCAUAUAGCUGGACAAAGGACCAAGAAAGUGCACAAAUUGAUAGAUGCCUUAAUUGGAUGGCAACAUCUAUCUCUCUUCCUGAUGGACUUGCAUUCAAUAACCUUUCAUCCAAACAUGAUGCUCUUAGUCUCCCCACUGGGUCAUAUCUUAAUUUUACAGUCAAAGGAACAGCUGAUGCAUUGAUUACAGAUAAACAUUUUGUUGGUGAUACAAUGGCCAUUACAAAUGCUCAAAUAGUUUUCAAACUCAAAAAGUAG